UGAGGAGUGUUUCCAAUGCUUGUUUCCUCAUCCUGCCUACCAUCCAUAUUUAACCUAGGAUCGUUGGACUUGGAUGGAAACAGGAACAAUAAAAACUUCCAAAAGAAGGGUUAUUUGGGAUUUCGGAGCGCCGGGAAGACCCAGCGGACGGACGGAACGAUGGCGAAAACCGGAGACCCGGCGGCGCCGCUCCUCCCUCCACCGCCUCCGCCUCCGUGCUACGGCAUCCCCGUCUCCCAGCUUGAAGACCCCUACCACGAACCCCCCGCCUACGUCCUCCUCCCGGCCUACCCCGUCCGCCGGCGCCGCCGGGGCCCCUGCCGCUGCCGCUGCUUCAGAUCCUUCUUCUCCGCCUCCUCCCUCUUCAUCUCCGCCAUCCUCAUCGCAUCCGCCAUCUUCUUCAUCUGGCCCUCCGACCCCGACAUCCAGGUCGCCCGCCUCCGCCUCGACCGCCUCCGCGUCUCCCCGCCACCCCGCGCCGCCAUCGAUGUCUCCCUCGGUCUCCGGAUCCGGGUCCGGAACCAGGACUUCUUCGCCCUGGACUACCGCUCCCUCGCAGUCUCCAUCGGCUACCGCGGCCGGCGGCUUGGGAACGCGACCUCUGACGGCGGGCACGUGAGGGCAAGGGGGGUGUCGUAUGUCGACGCCGAGCUCCAGCUUGACGGGAUCGAGGUCCUCAAUGAUGCCUUCUAUCUGAUCGAGGAUAUCGCCAGGGGUUUCCUACCGCUGGAUGCGAUCACCGAGGUCCAGGGCAAGCUGCGUCUCUUCUUCUUUGAAUUCCCUGUUCAGGGAAAAAUUUCUUGCUCACUAAAUGUAAAUCCAGAAACUCAGAAAAUCAUUCGUCAGGAUUGCUACCCUGAGUGAUGACUAAUGCUUGUGGUAAAAUACCUUUCUGGGUCAUGCUUUUUUAGUUGUUGCUUAUUUAUCAGGGCAAAACUUUUUUGUCAUUCGUCUGUUUGUUGUGGAUUAGAACAGUCUUUGUAACAUAUAUAAUAUGACUGAGACAGCACACAAGUGUUCUAAAUAAACAAUGCAUAUGCCUGUUGUGAUUUGUGAACUGACUGGUGAUUAUGUUAUCUAUUAUGGUUAUUAUCAA